UCAGUUUAUAUAUUGACUAGCUGUUGCCCGCGACUUCGUCCGCGUAGAUUAAUGACUUCUGACAGAAUUAACCAGAAUCAAUUCAGUGCCCAAGUUUGAGUAAUAAAAACUAUUCUAUCGACUAUUGUUGUACCGAAUCUCUCUAGAGCUAAGAAGAUUUAAAAACAAACUCUCAUUCCCUAUUUUAUCCCCUUAGGGGUGGAGUUUAUCAAAAUCCUUUCUAAAGAGAUACCUAUGUCAUAGUAACUUUAUGCAUGCAAAGUCUCAGCCCGAUCAAUUUAAAACUGGCAAUGUAUAAUACAAACUUUCACCCCCUAUUUUACCCACUUUGGGGUGGAAAUUAUCAAUAUCCUUUCAAAGCGGAUGCCUACGUCAUAACAUCUAUCUGCAUGCCAAAUUUCAACCCGAUCGAUUUAAAACUGACAAUGUCUCAUACAAACUUUCAUCCCCUAUUUUACCCCCUUGGGGGUGGCAAAGACCAAAAUCCUUUCACAGUUGAUACUUACGUCAUAACAUCUAUCUGCAUGCCAAAUUUCAACCCGAUCGAUUUAAAACUGACAAUGUCUCAUAUAAACUUUCAUCGCCUAUUUUACCCUCUUGGGGGUGGAAAUUAUCAAAAUCCUUUCAAAGCAGAUGCUUACGUCAUAACAUCUAUCUGCAUGCCAAAUUUCAACCCGAUCGAUUUCAAACUGACAAUGUCUCAUACAAACUUUCAUCCCCUAUUUUACCCACUUGGGGGUGGAAAUUAUCAAAAUCCUUUCACAACGGAUGCCUACGUCAUAACAUCUAUCUGCAUGCCAAAUUACAACCCGAUCGGUUUAAAACUGACAAAGUCUCAUACAAACUUUCAACCCCUAUUUUACCCCCUUGGGGGUGGAAAUUAUCAAAAUCCUUUCACAGCGGAUGCUUACGUCAUAACAUCUAUCUGA